AUGCCAGGAAUUCAUCCUGACAUUAUUUCUCAUAAACUGUCACUAGUAAGAGAUGCCCGACCGGUGUCACAGAGGAAGCGGAGGUUGGGCAACGAAAAAAGGAAGGCAGUGGACGACGAGGUAGCUAAGUUGUUGGAAGCAGGCUUUAUAAGGGAAGUAAAAUAUACCACAUGGCUGUCUAAUGUGGUCAUGGUGAAAAAACCGAACGGAAAGUGGAGAAUGUGCACAGACUUCACUGAUCUCAACAAAGCAUGUCCAAAAGACACGUACCCUCUACCGAGCAUAGAUGGAUUGGUGGAUGGAGUUUCUGGAUACGAAAUUCUGAGUUUUUUGGAUGCUUAUUCGGGAUACAAUCAGAUCCCAAUGUACCGGCCAGACCAAGAAAAAACAGCUUUCAUAACAGAGCGGUCAAACUAUUGCUAUGAGGUGAUGCCGUUCGGACUGAAGAAUGUAGGAGCAACUUAUCAAAGGUUGAUGGAUAAGGUGUUCCAGAACCAAAUAGGGAAAUGUAUGGAGGUAUAUGUUGAUGACAUGGUGGUGAGGAGCCGGUCGGUAGAGGAACACCUGCGAGACCUGGAAGAAGUACUCCACCAGGUACGAAAAUUUGGCAUGAGAUUGAAUCCUCUUAAGUGCACGUUCGGUGUUGCAGCAGGCAAAUUUUUAGGAUUCAUGUUGACAACGCGAGGCAUUGAGGCAAAUCCAGAUAAAUGCCGCACGGUUUUAGAAUUGCGAAGUCCCAAUAACCUAAAAGAGGUACAGAGGUUAGUAGGCAGACUGACGUCUUUAUCCAGAUUCAUACCCAAAUUGGCCGAUCGUAUCCAGCCAAUUUUGAAGGUAAUGAAAAAGCAGGCGCCAGGAGAGUGGGACGAGCGGUGUGAGAUGGCGUUCAAUGAAGUAAAACAAAUACUUACUAAUCCGCCGGUCAUGAGACGUCCUGAUUACGGUCAUGAUUUGCAUUUAUUUUUGGCAGUCGGAGAGGAGGCUGUCAGUGCAGCAUUAGUCCAGGAAACCCCAGAGUUCCGGCCUAUAUACUUUGUUAGCAGAGUGUUAAAAGAACCGGAGACACGAUAUCAACAGUUGGAAAAGGUAGUUCUGGCAUUGGUCAUUGCCACCAGAAGACUCCGCCUAUAUCUACAAGGAAAUCAGGUAGUGGUUCGAACCGAUCAUCCCAUUUCGAAGAUUCUGCGUAAACCGGACCUGGCGGGAAGGAUGAUCGGUUGGUCCAUUGAACUAUCUGAAUUCGGACUGAGAUACGAGCCAAGAGGAUCGGUGAAGGGACAACAUUUGGCAGAUUUUGCGGCCGAAUUGCCUGGGAGUGAUACUAAUCGGCAUUCAUGGGUACUGUACGUGGACGGGUCUUCUGGUUAUCGAGGAGGAGGAGCGGGGAUAGUUUUGGAGGGACCGAACGGGGUAGCCAUUGAGCAAGCUUUAAUCUUUCGGUUUAAGGUCAGCAAUAAUCAAGCAGAAUAUGAAGCCCUGAUUGCGGGAUUGGAAUUAGCACGAGAUCUAGGCGUUAAAGUGCUUCAAUGUAAAACUGAUUCUCAGUUAGUAGAAGGGCACAUGAACGACACGUUUCAAAUCAAGGACAACCAGUUGCUUAAGUAUUUCCACAAAGCCAAACAACUGGUGUCUUAUUUUGAAUCACUGGAAGUACAACACAUACUAAGAAACGAGAAUCACCGGGCAGACAGACUAUCCAAGCUGACGACCGGCAAAGAGAAGGGUCAGCUGUCAUCCCUAGUCAGGCAAAUAAUUUUCAAACCUACAGUUGACUGUCUCCACAUAUCCAGUACAGCCGACCGAGACGAUUGGCGACGAGAGAUUACCCUGUUAAUCAAACGGCAGGAAGAGGGGAUAGUCCUUCGGGCGGAAGAAGCAAAGCAAAUCGCAAGAUAUGUCAUCAUCGGCGAGGAAUUAUACCGAAGGGGAUAUGUCACCCCAAUGUUAAAGUGCCUAUCCAAGGAAGAAUCCGAUUAUGUUAUGCGCGAUCUGCAUGAGGGGAUUUGUGUCAGACAUGGUGGUGGACGGUCAUUGCGAGCCCGAGCCUUGAGGGCAGGAUUCUACUGGCCAACUAUGGAAAAGGAUUGCCAAGUUUUCGUCGCUAAGUGUUUGGCCUGUCAGAAGCACGGGAAUAUAAUCCAUACCCCGGCAGUUGCCCUGACAGGUAUAGUAUCCCCAUGGCCGUUUGCUCAAUGGGGAAUGGACAUAGUAGGACCAUUCCCGACCGGACGUUCCCAGCUAAAAUUCCUCCUAGUUGCAGUUGAUUAUUUUACGAAAUGGGUGGAAGCCGAACCUCUCGCUAAUAUAUCAGCAUCGCAGGUACAAAAGUUCGUGUGGAAACUAAUUUGUAGGUUCGGUCUACCUAAAUAUAUUAUCACUGAUAACGGUCGACAAUUCAUCGACAAGAAAUUGGUAGCUUUUUAUAAGGAAUUGGGAAUUACCCCUCUGACCAGCUCGGUUGAGCAUCCCCAAACGAACGGCCAAGUUGAGGCCAUGAAUAAGGUUAUCGUCCAAGAGUUAAAGAAAAAGCUAGGAGAAGCCAAGGGAGCAUGGGUGGACGAGUUGCAACAAGUACUUUGGGGAUAUCGAUGCUCCCCGCAUAGUGCCACCGGAGAGUCGCCAUUUAACCUUACUUAUGGGUCGGAUGCAAUGUUACCGGUCGAGGUCGGAGAGAAUGCAUUACGACGAAAUAUUGAUAACUUGGAACAAAAUGAGGAACACCUCAGGAGUAAUCUCGAUAUUCUCCCCGAGCGGCGACAUAUGGCGGCCGUUCAACUCGAGGCCCACAAAAGACUCAUUGCCCGACGUUACAACACCAAGGUUAAGCCUAGGCAGUUUAUUGAGGGAGAUUUGGUAUGGAGACGAACGGGAGAGGUCAGGAAAGACCCUACACAUGGGAAACUAUCGCCCAAUUGGGAAGGCCCCUUCAAAAUAAAGGAAAGUCUGCAUAACGGAGCCUACCGGUUGGAAACCUUAAGUGGCAAAGCUGUUCCCAAUACCUGGAACAUUUCCCACUUGAAAUUUUAUUUUAGUUAA